AUGGUUCUUAGUGAAAAAUCUACUUAUAGAGAGAGGGCGGAAGAGGAAGUCCAAACCCUAGAUCUUCACUAUCCGCCAAUCUCAAAGGGUUUAGAAAAUCGAGAAGAAGAUCCAGAAUUAUCACCCACGAUAGAUACUCAAAGAUAUAAUAAUAAUGAUCAAUCCCCACUUUUUAACCGACGUCCAUUUAGAAAUAUCUCAAAUUUAAUGUUACCCUCAGCAAAAGCGUUCUCAAGUUCAACUAAUAUACUUUCCAAAUCAGUCAAUGCUGUAUCCAUAUCAUCACAACAGUUCUUUUCAAGUCUCACAUUGGGUAGUGGACAUAGAAAGGAUAAAUUAGAUACUGAAUCAGAAAUUGAAACCGAUUACGACGAAUAUGAAGAAGAAGAUGAAGACGAAGUUGAAGAUUUCGAAGAGGACAGUCACGACGAUACUUUUGAAACUAUUAACGUAGGAUCUCCUAUACCACGAAAACAUCUACAUAAAAAGACUCUGUCAACUUGCAUGUUAACCGUCACGAAAGAAUCUAAUCAUUUCGUUGAUAAUUCGCAUCUCAAAUAUACAAAGAUUAACACAUUUACUCAUAUUGAAGAUUCAUUACCAAGAUUGAAUGAAGAUGAAUUAUAUAAGAUCUUAUCUGGUGAAUUGGAAAAUGAAUUUGACGAAACCAUUAUUAUAGAUUGUCGAUUCAAUUAUGAAUUUGCUGGAGGUCAUAUCAUCAAUGCCAUUAAUAUCUCAACAAAAGAAGAUUUGGAACAAAGAUUUAUGGAUAUUGUUGAAGCAUCAACAACACCCACUAAGAAGCGAUUACUCAUAUUUCAUUGUGAAUUCAGUGUAUUCAGAGGACCUAUAAUGGCAAGGCAUUUACGAAAACGCGAUCGCGAAAUGAAUCUUGAUCUGUAUCCUUAUUUAAAUUUCCCUGAUAUUGUUGUUCUUGAUGGAGGUUAUAAACGAUUUUUUGAUAAAUAUCGUCAAUUCUGUGAACCUCAAGGAUACGUUGAAAUGAAGGAUAUACGUCAUGAAAAGAUAUGUGAAGAUCAAUUAAAUAGAGUUAGAAAAGAUAGUAAAUUAACUAGAGCAAAAUCUUUUCAAGAUUGUAAUACGGACAAUAAUUUGGAUAGAAGUUUUACAUUUGGUCAUACAAAAUCACAAUCAUUUACUCAUGAUAAGAUAAUUAAACGACAACGAUCAAUCAAGCAAAAGUUUUCACCUUUUGAUACCAAUAGACGUGGAUCUCCGGCAGCAUCACCUCUUGUUAACGAUUAUGAAUUCCCACAACCACCAACUACUUCGUUCAGGAAAUAUCACCAUCAUCAUCAAAAGUCGUAUUCAGUGACAUUUCCAAGUUCAUCAACAUCUUCAUUCUUUUCCACCUCAUCAUCUAUUUCAUCCACAUCCACAUCACUCUACUCAGAUGGAGGGAGCAUUUCAUCUUCGGAUUCAUUGGCCGAUCCAUAUUCAUCACUGAAUGAAACCACCAGCUCAGAAUUUGAAUCCCGAAAAUGGGGCCCAGCAUCCACAUCCACACCCAAUAUGUUUCUUCGAAAGAAGUCGGCACGAGGAACAAAUCCCACGAUUACAUCAUUUAAAUUCCCAAAUAAGACUCGGUCAAGAGCUCACACCGUUGCAAGUGAGAUGUCUUCUCCAAUAAUAAGUUCUCCAUUAUCUUUUCAAAAGAUAGAUAGUUCUAUCGAUUCGAUAAAUGAAGCACCGGUUGAGUUUUCAUUGAAGAUGCACCAAAGAACUUCAUCAUUGUUGUCGAAUGUUGCUUUGGGGCUGCAAAAUAUGGGUUCAUUAGAGGAUUAUGAGAUUGAGGAAGAGGACCAUUGUAUAGAUACAGAUGAAAGACACUAA